AAUCUGCUUGUUCUGGAUGCUUGUGUGGUGUCCCCCUGUCCCCUAGUGUAUGGUGACAUUUUAUUGAUUUUUCAAAUUUUUAGUACAAAAAAACAAGCGUUCUCCUGGCGGAAAGUUUUUCCUACUCUCUGAUUAUUUUUGGAGAAGCCUGCCUAACUAUAUCUAACAAUAUCGGUGACAUUACAGAAUCAAAAACAUGGUCAAUUAUUUUUCCGGAUAACAUGUACCGGUUUCCUGCCAGUGAGUUUAGAGAUUGCAUGAGUAACCGAUGAAGCACAUCUGCAACAAUAAAUAUGAUAUUUUUAAAGGUUUUGAGAAGUUUUCCCACUACCAACUUGCUGUGCACCUCAUUAAAUUCUCUAAAUAUCAUUUCCUUCAAAAUAAUGGUUUAUUUUUAAAUUUUUGA